AACAAGGAAGAAGGGUUGCUGGUGGUAGUAUAGCGCAGAAGAAGAAACUAGAACACCAUCCUUAUUCAUUCCUCCACCAUUUUCAAUCUCAUUCCUCCUUCAACCACUCUCAUCUUUGAUCGGAGAAUUCUAUUCUCCACGCUACAUUACGUUUUUUUUUUAAGAUGUCAUCAUCGAACACCCCGUGCGCGGCGUGCAAGUUCCUGCGGCGGAAGUGCACGCAGGAGUGCGUGUUCGCGCCGUACUUUCCGCCAGAGAACCCGCAACGGUUUUCAAGCGUGCACCGCGUGUUUGGCGCGAGCAACGUGGCGAAGCUCCUGAACGAGCUUCAAGCCUCGCAGCGCGAUGACGCGGUGAAGUCGCUCGCGUAUGAGGCGGAUGCGCGCUUGAGGGACCCAGUGUACGGCUGUGUCGGCUUUAUCUCGGUCCUUCAGCAGCGCCUCCGCCAGAUGCAGGCCGAAGUGGCCAUUGCCAAGAAGGAGCUUGGGACUUACGUUGGUCCCCAGGGGAUUAACUACCUCCUCGCCAACCCCGGCCCCGUCAUCCUCCCCAACCAACAAGGCGGCGGCAUGGGUGGGAACACCAACCAAAACGCUGCGUUUGACCUUCUCGCGAACUUUCCUCCCAAUAACAUGGGGCCGGCCGGGCAGGGGGUUAUGGCCGGGCACGGAGGCGGACAGGUGGUGAUUCGAGACCCGCAGGAGCAGGAGUUUCUGGAGGCGCAGCAGCUGGCGGCCGCGGCGGCUCAGCAACAGCAGCAGCAGGCUAUGCUUAGGAGCUAUGAGCAGCAGCAGCAGGAGAUGAUGAGAUACAACAGUGGCGGGUUUGAGGCGGUUGGUGUUGGUGGUGGCGGUGGGUAUGGUCACCAGAUGGGUGUUGCUAUUCCUGGUGGUGGUGGUGAGGUUUCUAAUUCCCUGGCUCUGUUUGAUAAUGUUGGCAGUUAUCAGAUGCAGCAGCAGCCACAGCAAGGGGGUGAAUAUCAUCAGCACCACCAUGUUUCUCACCAGCCUCCGGUUGAGGCACAGCUUCUGCUCUCGCCGCAGCAAUCACAGCAGCAAUCAGAUCUUGAGGAGGUUAGGAGCGUUGGCCCUUGCUGAUUUCUGAGUAUGUCCAACUAAAUAGGUGUUGCUUUUGGGUGCAGCUCUAGCCUCUAUGGGAGUUUUGUAAGAAUUUAAAAUGGAGGGAUGAAUAUUAGAGGGCCUGAUGGGUGCAUGGUUAAGCAUGUAGGUAGGAUCACCUCAGAUCCUGGAAUUAAAAGCUUUUCUAUCUUUUAUAUUUGAAUUUGAAGUACGUAGCAGCUUUUAUGUAAGGCAUCAUGCAUGAUCCCGAACUCCAUCUUGUUUAUGUCAUCAUAGCCACUUCUUGGAAAUAGUGUGUUCAUUUGGUACUGGGGAUGGUUUAACUCACAUUGGUAUGAUACCAAAUUUGGCAGACAAUUUGUGAAUUAUAUCGUACUUAGACAUA